AUGGUAUUCCAGUUGUAUCUCAUAUUUGCAUUAGCGACGCUAGCAUACGCAGUUCCUGUACCAGUUGCUGAUGAAAAUAAAAAGACCUUAAUAGAUUCUAAACAGAUAAAUGAAAACAAUGACCUCAAGACAGCGAGCAGUUCAUAUUCUCACCAAUACUCGGACUGGGGUGGCAGAAAUCCCAGCGGUUACAGUUAUUCAGUAACAGGUUUCGGUACUAUUGACGAUAAAUACACCGCAGAUCCAUUGUAUAAAGAAUUCAAUGGCUAUGAUAAUUCACUUAAACUCAAUAGUUACCCUGGCCUUGGAAAUGAUGGCUAUAAUUCCUAUGGUGGGUAUAAAGGCGGAUUUGCCCCCUCUAGAUAUGAACCUAUAGACGGCAGUGUACGAGGUGGCUAUGGAAAUUAUGGGUACAAUAGUAAUGACUAUGAUGUAGGCGGCCGUGGAUACGGACUAAGUAACAACGGCUAUGGAAUCGGCAGUAGUGGAUAUGGAAACAGCGGUAGUCCAUACGGAAUUGGUGGUAAUGGAUACGCCGGAAGUUAUGGCGGCAAUGGCGGUUACGGUGGUUAUGGUGGUAACGGUGGGCUCAAUUCAUACUCCGGAUAUAAUAACCCAUAUUACCAAGGAGGAGGCCAUCUUGGAUAUGGAUAUCAAACGAAAAAAAUAGGUUACGGAAGUAUCUACAAUAGUGGUGUUACACCGAGUUUAGUAACCGGUUAUAGGGGAUACACACGGAGAUAA